GACCUUGACCUUAGGCGAGGGAGCAGCUCUUGCUUCAUGGAGCCGGAAGCCUUGGAGAUUUGCCCUUACAACCCUCACCACCGAAUCCCGCUCAGCAGAUUUCAGUACCAUCUGGCUUCCUGCCGGAGGAAGAACCCCAAGAUGGCCAAAAAGAUGGCCAGCUGCAAAUACAAUGCCUGCCACGUGGUCCCCAUCAAAAAACUGGAGGAGCACGAGGCCACCUGUGUCAACAGAAGCACCAUCGAGGAGGAGGAAGGAAUGGAUAAAGACUGCUUGAACCCCCUGAAAGGCAGCAGCCUUCCCACUUCAGGGCAAAAUGGAGUCACCCCUCCACCUGCCCCCUGGCUCCCCAACCCAGACUCCUGGAAUGUAGACAGCACUGACUGUCACCCCAUGUUCAUCCUUAAGACUUUCGUCCCCCAAAAGCUUGUUUGUGAAAGUGACAGGAGAGAGUCAGAGAGAGAGGACCACCAAGCCUUGUCCCCUGACUAGUCCCCAGAAGAUAUUCAGACCUGCAGAGAAACCCUCCAGCCGCAGGAAGGAGCCGCCCACCUCUUCAAGGCAAGGAAAGAAAGGCAGCCCCACGGAAUAAAGAUGUGCAAAGUCA